AUGCGUCGUCGGCUGUAUCUUUGCUUUCUCCUCCUGCUUUCCCCCUUCCCAGAAGUCAUCCCGUGCCGAAAUAUGCACCACAUCGGAGUGCUGGAUCUUCCAUCUCCUCGUGCGCCUCUGCCGCAUGUAAUCAAUAACCUCGACGGCGUAUUACUAACCACAUCUUCUUCCGUUUUUAAUUUUUGGGUCUAUGGACCACUACUCUCGACGGCUUGUCACCACCCACAUCUUGACGGUCUACGGACCACUCCUCUCAACGACUACUUGUUCUCGACGGUCGAGGCUCUCAUGAUCGGAUGCUCCAAUAUGGACAUCGGAUUCGACAUGGGCUUCGUUCAAGUGUUUGCACGAUUUCAGGGCCCAUGGAUCCCAUCUUUGUACGGAAUGCGGAUUCUGUUGGGUGGAUCUGGAAGCUGAUUCCUGGGUCAGUUCUUGGCCUGGAGUACGGACACCUUGAUAGGGUUUCCCUGAUUUUAUUAUAUAACGCUUCAAUACUUGAAGCUUGUACGUGCCUCAGUCAUCGCCGUGCUGUGUCCCGAGGUGAGAUAUUUUCCCAUCCUCAUUGAGCUCAUUCCUUUGGUGUUGCCUUUAGAAGAGGAGAGAGAUCCGUUGAUCCAGGAAGGGAGGGCUUAAGCUUGAUAUGAAGGUUUGGGGGCACGGCACUAGUCAGUUGAUUGUGAUAUGAUUGCGUCGCAUAGUUAAUCGGGAGAAUCUCUAUUGGAUACCGCAUUAAAUUCAUCUCUGAGGAAUAAGCGACGGCACCUGCUACAAAUGAAGCUAAAGCAACAUGCAGUGCAAUGAACGAAAGACGCUUGGUGUUUGGUCUCGGGGAAAAGGACUCCGAGGACCUCUGGCG